GUACAAAAAUUAAGCGGUCGUGUGGUUUAUUAUGUCAAUUAAAAAUCGAAAGUGCUCGAUCGAUGACAACUAUUUAUUAGAUGAUUCCUCGUGUAGUGUUUUAGUGAUAUCUCAUCUGUAUAAUUCACGUAUGAUGGAAAUUUUUGCGAUACUCGGUGAAACACUUACGCCGAACUGUAUAGGAUAAAAAUGUCGAAAGAGAAAAGAAAAUACAUAGCUACCAAGACUACGAUCUUGUCGACGUCGUCAUCGGGGUUACCCAAAUGGCGACAAUCACCGAUUAACCUAUGCGAAACAGCUACAUGGAGUAAAAAAUUUCCACCUCUAUAUAUGACGAACUACUGGUCGAACGAAGGUACAGCCACGAUGACGAAUACGGGUAAAACAGUGAGUAUAGAAUUCUCCGAUAGAACGCUACCCGCGAUGCGAGGUGGUCCUUUGAGCAAAGACGUGUUUCAAUUCAUGAACGUAGAAUUUCGCUGGGGCCCGGAAAAUUCAUCGGGCGCGGAACAUUCUAUAAACGGGAUCUGGUUAGAGACUAUCUCUUUAACGCUUGGCGCUCAUCGCGUAUCGCGACGGUGUUAUUCCGCACACGUUUCAAGUCAUUCUAUCGACCGCAGGUACUCGAUGGAGGCACAGAUAACGCAUUGGAACACUCGUUACGGAUCGAUAGAGAAGUGCUUCGACAAACCAGAUGGAAUUGCGGUGCUCUCCUACCUUAUGCAAGUGAUUGGCUGCCCUGGAAUUCCCGAUAAUCCUUCGCUAACAAAAAUCACCGAUAACCUGACAAAUAUCAAAAGAAUGGGAAGCAGUACCAAAAUUCCACCUGAUUGUCUGCUUUGGAUGUUGGAAGCGUGCAGGGCUCAUGGCUAUUACACAUAUCCAGGUUCUCUUACCGUUCCACCAUAUAGCGAAUGCGUUAUUUGGAUUAUUUCAUCUACUAUUACGAAAAUAUCCACUCACCAGAUAGACGCGUUUAGGAAUCUCUAUGAUGGCAAGUGGAAAAACAUAUCGGGAAAUUGUAGACAACAACAAAAUCUUCAUAGAAGAAGAAUUUUAUUUGCUACGGAUACCGCUGUAACAUGAGAAACGAAUAAUGCAUGGACAAAUAAUUACUUUAUUAUUUACUUGUCAAAUUAUUAUGUGAAUAUCAUUUACAAAAUGUUUCACGGGUUUGCUUCGUAAAAAUAAAUAAAAAUAUGACAACUAA